GUACUUCACUUUAACAAAGCUGAAGGAGUCAGAAACAUUACCACAACCAUAAAGAUGCAAGUCUAUUCCAGAACGGAAGACCGUCUAUCAAAUCGAUGUGCUUGUUUCCAGAAGACAGAAGUUGGCAAAUCGGAUAAUAUCCAUACUGGGUUUAAAGCACUCAACUUUGAAAUCAACCAACCCACUAAAAACUACCUGCUUAAAAGUGUCAACCAGUUAUACGGAGAAAAAACAUUGCCUUUCAGUAAGGAAUACUUAGAGUUAGCCAAGAAAUACUAUAACGCAGAGCCACAAUCAGUUGACUUUGUGGGAGCAGCAGAUGAAAUCAGAAGAGAGAUCAAUUCCAGGGUCGAACAUCAGACUGAAGGUAAAAUCCAAAAUCUGCUGCCUCCUGGAUCCGUAGAUUCGCUCACCAGACUAGUCCUGAUAAAUGCGCUCUACUUCAAAGGAAACUGGGCAACAAAGUUUGAAGCUGAAGCUACCAGGCAAAGGCCUUUCAGAAUAAACACGCAUACGACUAAACCAGUGCCAAUGAUGUACCUGAGUGACAAAUUUAACUGGACCUACAUAGAAUCAGUUCAGAUUGACGUUCUUGAGCUUCCAUAUGUCAAUAAUGACCUCAGCAUGUUUAUCCUCCUACCAAGUGACAUCACCGGCCUACAAAAGCUAGAAAGAGAAAUGACUUCUGAAAACUUGUCUGCAUGGACCAGCCCAGAACUAAUGGAGAAAAUGAAAAUGGAGGUUUAUCUGCCCAGGUUCACAUUAGAAGAGAAAUAUGACCUCAAAUCUACUUUGAGCAGGAUGGGGAUACAAGAUGCCUUCACUGAAGGUCAAGCUGAUUUCACAGGAAUGUCAGAGAACGGUGAUCUGUUUUUGUCACAAGUUUUUCAUAAGUGUUAUCUGGAAGUCAAUGAAGAAGGCACAGAGGCAGCAGCUGCCAGCUCAGCAGCACUGGCAUCAAGAAGUCUUGGUGCUACUGUUAUUUUUGUGGCAGAUCACCCUUUCCUCUUCUUUAUCAGGCACAACAAAACCAAGAGUAUCCUCUUCUUGGGAAGGUUCUCUUCCCCUUAGAAACUUGACCAUUACUGAACAGGCUCUUGCAACGAUAAUGAACAAAAUACACACCACAAAGAGCAUCUCAAUAGUCUGUGCACUUCUAAAUUUUCCUAUAUUGUUGACAAAUCUCUCAAUGUUAGAAAAGAGCACAUAUUAAAAAUAAC